ACCGCACUGGUUGCACUCAAACCAGGCAGUUUAAUAGGAAGUCGGAUAAUCGUGGCAAUGUGGAUCCAGCAGUUUGUCGGCGGCUUUUUCAGCUGAUUUCUCUGCGUUUCUGUUUACAAGCCAAUGUCCCCAAGAUUGAGCAGAUACACCAUCCAGUUGUAGUGCGUUAAAGUGGUGGCAGCGCAGCCCUUUCUGCCACAAUGGCUGCGACGUAGCGCAACUUUUGGAUCCACGGUGGAUGAACGACAGCGCUCCGAGGCGCCGCUAACUUUUACACACUUACGGGAGACGCAGAGGAGGACAGAAACAUGAAGAAACAGUUUAAUCGCAUGAGGCAGCUUGCCAAUCAGACUGUUGGAAGGGCUGAGAAAACUGAGGUGCUGAGUGAUGACCUCCUACAGAUCGAGCGGCGAUUGGAGUUGGUGCGUUUGAUGUCGCACAACACGCACAAGAGGCUGGUGUCCUGUCUGCAGGGUCAACUGGGCACAGACACAGAGAAGAGACAUAAAAGGUUGCCGCUGACGACGCUGUCCCAGACCAUGCAGGAGGGGGGCAGUCAGCUGGGAGACGAGAGUCUGAUUGGCAAGAUGAUGGAUGUGUGUGGGGAGGCUGAGAGCAGGUUAGCUGCUGAACUGAUGCAGCAUGAAGUCCAGAUUGAGAGAGACAUCCUGGAUCCUCUCAACCAGCUGGCUGAGAUUGAGAUUCCCAAUAUACUAAAACAGAGAAAACAACUCGCCAAGCUGGUUCUGGACUAUGACUCGGCCAAGACGAGGUGGUACCAGGCAACAAAGUCCAACAACCAGGCUAUGGCCGCUAAGGUCGAUUCACUCAAAGACGAGAUGGACGAGGCUCUCAACAAAGUAGAAAUAUGCAAGGACCAACUCUCUGCAGACUUGUACAGCUUUGCUUCCAAAGAGGGAGAUUAUGCACGCUAUUAUGUCUUGUUAUUAGAGGCCCAGGCAGACUACCACAGGAAGUCGCUGGCAGCUCUGGAGGCAGCUAUACCGACCAUCCAAUUACAGCAAGACUCCUGGAUGGAGAAGCCGGCGUUCGGCACGGCUCUGGACGAGCACCUGAAGAGGAGUAACCGUGAGAUCGCUCUGCCCAUGGAGGCCUGCGUCAUGAUGCUGCUGGAGACCGGCAUGAAGGAGGAGGGUCUCUUCAGAAUAGCUGCCGGAGCUUCAAAACUGAAGAAGCUAAAAGCAGCGCUGGACUGCUCCACCUCGCAGCUCGAGGAGUUCUACUCUGAUCCCCACGCCGUUGCCGGAGCCCUGAAGUCCUACCUCAGGGAACUUCCUGAGCCUCUAAUGACUUUUGGCCUGUACGACGACUGGACACAGGCCUCCAAUGUGUCUGACCCUGACAAGAGGCUUCAGGCCUUGUGGGUGACGUGUGACCGUUUGCCAAAAACCCACAAGGCAAACCUCAGGUAUCUGGUGAAGUUUCUGGCUAAACUGGCUCAGGACAGUGAGGUUAAUAAGAUGACUGCCAUCAACAUCUCCAUUGUCCUUGGGCCCAACCUGCUCUGGGCAAAGACUGAGGGGACGCUGGCAGAGAUGGCAGCGGCGACAUCUAUCCACGUGGUCGCCAUCAUUGAGCCCAUUAUCCAGCAUGCUGAUUGGUUCUUCCCUGAAGAGGUGGACUUCAAUGUGUCGGGCAUGUUCGCCAUGCCCACCCACCCAGCGACCCCGGACCUCGACCCCGCCCUGGAUAGGAAACGCCCCGGCAGCCUGGUGGGGCAGGACGGGGACAGUCACACCCCCCGUAAAGACAGCACUGUUAACAAACAGCCGGAGCCCGCUCCACGUAGAGCCAGCACUGUUAAUAGAAAGCAGCCACAGCUAACCUCACCCACCUUCCAACCCCCAAUGCCCCUUCUGGAAGCCUGGGGUCCGGCCCAGCCUGAGCCCCAGCUUCUUUCCCCGGCUACAGAGGCUGAGCAGCCCGGCCUGAGUGGUGCUAGUACUGGUGGUGGUGUUGGUGGUGGUCUGGGUGGUGGGGUCCAGGUAGCGACAGCACAACCUCAGGUUGUAACCCAGCUCAGCGCAGAGGAGAACAGCCCAGCCCGUGAACUCAUGUCCACCCCCCCGCCCCAGAGGAAUGGUUCAGUCCAUCUUACAGUAGGAACCCCCCACUCUCAGGUCGGCUCCAGGGGGCCAAGUCCACACAUGGUUCGCAGAGGCACCAAGAAGCAGGCUCCAGCCCCGCCCAAACAGUUCAGCCCCUUUGCCUCUCAACCCAGUAACACCCAGACACCCGGCUCCCCUCAUUACCCACCCAUCACCCCCCGACGCCACCCCGGCAAAGACAGCCCAAUCCAUGCUCCGAGCCACCCGCCCCCGCAUCCUCCUCAAGCCCACCAGGUCCAGGGGGAGUCGGAGCCCUCUCCACCCAGCACUCCCACUCCUCCGGACACUCCACCUCACGAUGGGCCGCACUCCAACCCGCUGUCUUUCCACCACUCUGGAUCUCUCCCUCGCCCCUCCAGGCCGGCCCCCAGGCCACGGCCCCGACCCAGCAUGCCACCGCCCCCCCAACCUGCAGCCAAUGACAACGGUGAUGACAUCUGCGGCUCCGCCUCCAAGGUCAUAACAGAUGGAGGCCUGUUCCUGAAGGGGAUUGGACGAGCCCUCAUCCCCGAGGUGAUUGCGGACCAACAAGGGGAGAGCUCUGCUGGUCAAGAGCCCACCACCCCAGCCUUGCAAUUAGACCCUCAAAUCCAGGCAGAGUUCACCGCUCUGUGAAGAAUAGAGGGAUCGCUGUGCUCCAACUCCUCCUUCACUCAGUCGGUCCAUGUAACAGAUUUGAAUGUUUUGAAUCAAAUAUCAGACGGAUAACUCAAACACAUCGGUUCACCCCAGCUCCUCACGCUCCAUGCACAUGAUGCCAGACUGCUUCCUGGGAGAAACGGCUGCCUUUUCUUCUGACUUGCUGAGACUUACCUCAGAAAAACCUCAAUCUUUGUCCAGCUGUUGGACUUCAUAUCAAACUCCCUUUGUUCUAUUUCGCAGGGUAUUUUAAGAUUGGACUGCAGAGCCUUGCUAGCCUCGAGGCUAACAUAUAUGUAUAACCUGAACACAUAGCUGAACUCAUAGGGUGCUAAGCUUUCAAAGUUUUCAUUUGUCUCCUCUUUUUAUUUUAUUUAAUUUUUUUUAUCUAGCUAUUGAUAACAGGUUCAAUGCUAUGAAUGUUUUUGAAGACAAAUCUGUGAAUGUUGCUUUAACACCGCGUACACAACUAGUAUUUGGUAUUCAGUAGAGAUGUGUGGAGAUAUGAGUGUUAGCCAGCCACUGAUCAUCUAUUUAUCAUUUUCCAAUUUGUCAGUUUCAACUGGCUGAAUGUGAUGUUCAGCUUUAAGGGCUUUUCAAUAAUUGUCACACUUCACACUAAACGGACCAAAACAUGGAUAUGGGCCAAAGGAAAUUUAUUGAAAAUUGAGCUCAGCUCCUAUUAGGGUUGUUCAUGACCAAAUAUUUUGUGCAAUAUAAAAGUUGUCUUCCAGUGGUGUCCUCUCCACAGUACACAUGCUGUACGUUUUGGUAUUUCAGUUUUCCUUCUAUUAAUCCAGUGGGGUAGACUUAUUUUAUUUCAUUUGAAUUGUAUUUGUUUUCAAAGGGCCUGAUUUGACGAGCUCAAACUGGCUUUAGACCUCAGAUUAGAUUUCCUCAUUAAAAGGGACAAAUUGAUUACAAGCUAUGUAUUAAAAAUACAAUUAACAAUCGAUCACGCACACUCGAGCUCAAAGCUAUGAACAAAUACAGCCAAAUUAUUCUUUGUGUAUAGUACUCACCACGGCUGACAAUCUUUUCCUUGUUGGGGUGUUUUUCAGCUCUUUGUUUUGUUUUUUAAUUUCUUCUCAGCAUUUUUAUGUUGGCUUUUCUGCACAUAAUGCGUCAUACAAUGCAUCAUUACUCUUGAUAAUUAAAGGUUGUUCAACAUUUUA